ACUUUCAGCUCACGCAGGAGCUCUGCUGCUCUCACUGGAUUAAUCCCGGAGAACCCCUUGAAGACCAACGGUGGGAUAGCAUUUCACCACUCCAGGAGCAACCUGCCAACCAACAGGCCUCCAAAGAGGGACAAAGUCCUGUUUCAUGAAUCAUUGAACCCUCCCUUCCUCCCCACCUCCUCUCUGAAGGGUUUAAUGUUACACCAACUGUAAGGCUUUACCUGGCCAGGUGAGCUGCACCGCUGAAAGUGACCGUCAAGUUAUGUUUUCGCUGCAGAUUUCGUCUCUUCAAGUUCCAACAUGACCUCCUGAAUCUGUCCUACCAUGAGCAUUUACGAGGAGAGCACUCAGCCGGUGGGCGCCACCGCGAUGGUUGAGGCAUGUGCUGAGCCUCUCUCCCCAUCCAACCUCGGACUGUUGUCUCCGCCUCCCGACCUGUGUGCCGCAUGCGGCACUAGUCACAGGCUGGAGGAGAACCACGAGUACUUGUACCAGGACGAGGUGGACGACGAUCUGGUCUGCCAGAUCUGCCUGCAGCCGCUCAUCCGGCCUCUGGACACGCCCUGUGGACACACCUACUGCCAGGAGUGCCUGACCAGCUUCCUGCUGGAAAGCGAUUUCUGCCCCGUGUGCCGUACCCCCCUCAUGCUGCAGAGCUGCAGGAAGCCCAGCCUGCUGGUACAUAAGCUGCUGGACAAGCUGAUGAUCGCCUGCCCCUUCACAGAGCACUGCACUGAAAAACUGGCCCGAGGACACCUGGAAGACCACAUCAAGAACAGGUGCAAGGGGGCUUCUCACUAUGGACUCUCGGCAGACAGGAAGCGGCGCUCACAGGAGGGCGACUGCACCGACAGCACGUCGGAGCUCACCGUGGCCACGCUGCCCAAUGACAGCGCAACCUCUGCCGCCGUGGCGCUGCUGGCGGACGAACCUGGGCUGGUCAACCCCGCCUUCGACCCCAGCAUGGAGGACAACAGCCAGUCAGGCAGCAUGACCAGCCUGGCCCCUCGCUGCAGCACCAAGAAGAUCAGAAGCUUCGAUCGCUCUUCGGUGAGGAGCCGCUCCUUUAAGAGGCUAAACCGGGCCCUAAGCGUCCUGCGAAAGACCAAGACCGGCACUCCGGUCAGCAAUGAGACAUCAGAGGAGAGAGACAACGCCCGGAACUCCAGCGUCCCACCAGAAGUGCUGGCUCUUCCUCAGCUGCAUCACCUCAUUCCUGACGGAGAGCUCACGACCAUCAAAAUCACACGCUCAGACCCCUCGGACCCUUUGGCCAUCAGCGUGGUUGGUGGAAACGAGACUCCUCUGGUCCGCAUCUUGAUCCAAGACAUCUACAGAGAGGGAGUCAUCGCCCGGGAUGGCCGCCUGCUGCCUGGGGACAUGAUCCUGAAGGUGAACGGCAUUGACAUCAGCAACGUCGCUCACUGCUUUGCUGUGUCGAUCCUGAAACAGCCGUGCCAACUUCUGCGGCUGACCGUGCUCAGAGAACAGCGCCACCAUUACCGUUCCCACUCACACAGCCACCCGCACGGCCACGAGGUCGUCGGUGGUCACCAAUCCCACGGCCCACCUCCCCCGAUGAGAGACGACGGCAUCCACGUGGUUCUGAGCAAGAGCGCUCCACAGGAACAGCUGGGCAUUAAGCUGGUGCGGCGGCCAGAUGAGCAUGGCGUCUUUAUCUUUCAUCUGCUGGAGGGCGGCUUGGCGGCACGUGAUGGACAGUUGUGUAUAGGCGACCGCGUGCUGGCCAUCAACGGGCACGAUCUGCGUUACGGGGCCCCGGAGCACGCUGCCCUGCUUAUUCAGGCGAGUGACCAGCGUGUCCAUUUUACAGUGUCUCGUCAAAUCUGCCUCCCAACUCCAGACAUCCCCCAAGAAGCUCCAUGGGGCAUGGAUGGCCCCCCACCAUACUCCCCUGUGGAUAUGGAGCAAACGCUACUGGACUCCUGUCAGAAGCCGGCGUGCUACGAGAAGACGGUUACCCUGAGCAAAGAGCCGUAUGACUCGCUGGGCAUGACAGUGGCGGGCGGCAUGUCCAGCCGAGGAUGGGACCUCCCGAUCUAUGUCACCAACGUGGACCCUGAUGGAGUGGUGGGACAGGAAGGCUCCAUCCGCAAAGGAGACAUUUUGCUGAACGUGAACGGCUUGGAUCUGACGGGGGUCACUCGGAGCGAGGCCGUGGCCAACCUGAAGAACACCUCUUCUCCUGUCGUUCUCAAGGUCCUAGAGAUGCGUCCUCCUGAGGAGAGCUUGCAGGAGUUCACCCUCCCACCCUGUCUCACACCCUCACCCACAGACAGCAUUAAGAGCCCGGUGCCGAACGAUGACUACUCACCUCUGUGGGUGUCCUGGCUGCAGCUUCCCAGACAUCUGUACUACUGCAAAGACAUCGUCCUGCGGAGGAACACGUCGGGCAGUCUGGGGUUCAGCAUUGUGGGAGGUCAGGAAGAAAUGAACUGCAACCAGUCCUUUUUCAUCCGCUCCAUCGUCGAAGGAACACCCGCCUACAACGAUGGGCGAAUAAGAUGCGGGGACAUCCUACUGGAGGUGAACGGGAAGAGCACCUGGGGCCUGACUCACACAGCCUUGGUUCGUCUUCUGAAGGAGCUCCGGGGCAAAAUCACCCUGACCAUUGUCUCUUGGCCGGGCAGUCUGCUGUAACGGCACCCUCAGCCUCCCUGCACUGCUUCUGUGACAAUGACCAAGGAAUGUGGAGGCGGGGCUUGCACCGGCAGACUGUCCAGACUGCUUGGAGAAAAUAAAAAAAGGCGGAACACUGAUAUUUCUUCAGGGAUUUGGCAAGAAUCAGGGAGGGGUCACCAAAACCAAACUGAACUGUAAGCAAAAGGUUAAGUUUCCCCUCCAGGGGGGCUGAAAUGGGAGGAUCUAAGCCCGCCCCUUUUCUGAAUGGGAUGUUGCAGAACGUUGUCAUUGUUUGGAGGAUCAUCCAGCGAGUGGGCUGGGAGGAGAAGAGGACACACAACUUGUUGCCAACUCCAAUAGAUAUAUUAGGAUAUGUGUUAAGUUGGACUCACAUUUCUUUAUGUACUGUAAAAAUGUUGGUUGUUGAAAACAGUAACAGUCCAAACACUUGUAAUAUGUUUUUUUUUUUGUUUAUUGUAUGGCCUUUAAACAUAGGCUUUAUUCUGUUUGUACUGACAGUGGUUCUCAUCUGUUAAACUGGAGACACGUUGCCAAGUACGAGUCUGUGAGGUUUUUCUGGUUUGGUUAACAAACCAAACCACUGGCAAGACGACGACAAAAAGGAUCGAUGUGUUCUUAACUUGUUUCAGUGACAUUUAAUUAGGUGACAUUGUGGAGGCCUUACUAAGUUUCUUACUUUUAAGAAAGAAAAAGCUAUAACUCUGUUCCUGUGCAUCACUGGAUGGUCUGAGGUCCAUCUCCUGUGGUUCUGUCUGUCACGCUUCGGCCUGUGUAGUAUAUCUGAUGGUACAUUUGGAUAAAAGACUAAUAAAGCUGUUUGAAAAGCU